GGUGUGGAAAGGCCUACAAUCGAUUCUGUGAUUUGACGACUCUGCGGACGUUGGAUAAGCAAUUUUUCGAUUGGUUCCGUAGGCCUACAUUGGAUUCUAAAGGCUUUGUCUUGCAGGCAGGGAUGCCGACACACUUUCGCAAACAGUUGAGGAUUUUGUGAGCGUGAGCAUUCUGCGAACUAAAUUCAGUUGUUCCUGUAUUCUGAUUCAACGUACUGGUCAAGAGCUGAGUGACUUCCUCCUCUCUCAUCUCAUUGGCUUACCUUAGCAAGGCUAACGUUCCUGUUGCAAGACAUCAGCAGCGUAUUGACAAACAACAUGUGCUCGGCGUCGGAAAUUGUCAAAGAGGUGCAUCUGCUGACGUCAUAUCCCCUGCGGGCUUUUUAAUAUUGCGCCACCAUGUAACUUAUCUUUCUCGACGGAAGAACGGUACCCUUGUGUCAUUCGUCACCAUGGGAACAGUAAGUGGAUUGAUAAAAAAGCCUGAGCAGCAGGCGUGACGGCUGGAGUUGCUUCAGAACACGGCGUUGAGCUGGCCAGAACAAUGAAAACUAAUCUCACUUGAGGUUGCACCACCGGCGCCUUGAAAGGAGACUACAGGGGAAAUGUGACUGCUGUUGAGAAGUCCCCGCAAAGACAGCAGUAAGAGCGUGCUCCAAGAAACGUUUCAAGUGGAGAUGAUGCAACUUGCCAGGCACUCAUUUCACUCAAAUGUGUUUGAACAAGCCACGUUAAAGCCACGCGGCGUGUUAAGUAAAGGGUUUUGUUAAUAAGCGGGCAUUUCACAUUAAAAAGGUUCCGUCAGUGAGAGAUGUUUAUAAACCCAAUGUAACAGUUAAAAUUAAUGGACAAAUACUGAACAUUUGGAGUAGGAGCUCUAUUCCCUCAUUCCCCGAUAACGCUGAUUACGGUUCACAUUAUGGCAGCUGAAGAAAAUCUUCUUCCUGCCCUGUUGGGUUUGGCUUUCGAUCAGAUCGCCAGGACAAACUCCACCCAGGCUCUCUACCUGCCGUUGGGUAACGACACGGGCUUGCUGCCGGCGAACGGCACCGGGUUUCCCCCAUCGAGCGAGCCAUCCAGAGAGCCCGAGGAGGAUUUCUGCGACCUACAGUACGGGGUCCAGGACCAGACGGCACAGUCCCUCAUCACCGCCGUCUACUCUCUCACCAUCCUCCUUGCUGUGGUCGGCAACGUCAUCGUGAUCGCCGUGCUGGGUUUCGCUGCCCGGGCCAAGACGGACCUCAACCAUUUCCUGGUCAAUUUGGCCGUGGCGGAUCUCCUUUCGGCCGUUUUCUGUAUGCCCUUUACCUUCGUCUACAUCAUGAAGGAGGACUGGUAUUUCGGCUCACUGGGGUGCCCCCUUAUAUUUUUCAUUCAGCAGGUGGUCAUCUGCGUGAGUGUGUUCACCCUAACCGCCGUCAGCAUAGACCGCUACUUCGCCGUGGUGCGGCCCCUCAAGGCGCGCAUCGCCCGCUCCAACGCCAAGACGGUCCUGGUCAUUUCGGGCAUCUGGGUGGCCUCGUGCAUGAUGGGGCUGGUCCAACUCCUCCUGGCCCGCACCCAGGAGUACCACUGGUGCUACGGCGAGCGCCACCUGGCGGUCUGCACAGAGCACUGGCCCGACGAGAACCUGGAGUUCGGCUACGAGAUCUUUAACAUGGGCGCCACCUACUUCGCCCCCUUGAUCAUCUUCUGCUUCACGUACAGCGUGGUCGGGCGCAAGCUGUGGGGCCGCAACCUCCCCGGUAACGCUGACCACAUGAGAGACGCCUGCCACAGGAAGGCCAAGCGAAAGGUGAUCAAGAUGUUGAUGAUGAUCGUAUUUCUCUUCAUCGGCUCCUGGCUUCCACUCUACAUCUACCAUCUGAUUGUCAUCACCAACAACGCUGUGGUCAGCGAUUACCCGAACUUCUUCUUCGUCUACUUCUUCACCGGCCACUGGCUCGCCAUGGCCAACAGCUUCAUGAACCCCAUCGUCUUCGGCUUCCUGAACGACAGUUUCCGGGCUGACGUGCGGCGAUUGCUGCAGCGAUGCGGGCCGUGCACAGAGAAGCUUAACCAGCGCCGACGCCUCCGAAGCCGCAUGAGUACCACGUCCAGCCUCACCACACGAACUUCCAGCUUGUUCAACCACCAGCGGUCUGGUAAAAAUGGCGGCCCGCCCAUGCCAACUAGUUUGGGCCCACCUGACCAACAAGCCCUGGAGAGAAUUGGCAACGGUCAGAAAUGGAACGAAAGGACCUACACACCGAACGGAAGGGGUCAACUUCUGGUAGAAGACUAGGCCUACUCCCCCUAAGCUGAAAGAGGGCCUUUCGAGCUACCACCAAAACGGUGACAGGUUGUAAUGCGAAAUAUUAACAAACUGCACCACAGUAAAUCACGGUUUCCUUUUGGAGACCACUUGCGUGAUAAAGUCAUGUACGAUGUGUUUCCGCUAUCCACAUCAGCAUCUACGAAAGCAGGUCUGCUCUCCGCCUGCCGACCACCAAUACUUGUGAUGAUCACCCCCAAAAUGGCUGUCUAGUGUGCAGUGUCUGCAGUUAGUACAGUGUAGUGUACUCCUAAAAUCCCGCGGUUGAAAAAGUUGAGUACUGAUAUCUUUGAUAACCCAAAUUUUUGCCUGAAACGAGAAAUAAUCUAAAACCACUGGGACAUAAUUUAACUCGUCGACUGGCUUAUCAGACUUAUGAUACAACCUGAACACGGGUGCCCAGCCAGUCGUGCUGAGUCACGCAUGUCCUUGGGCAAAGCAAUUUACCACUCAGUAAUUAAUUACUCUACGAAGACCGAGGUUUGUUAUUUAUACAGAAUUUGCAUGGCUGCCAUCUUGCAGGCCAGUGCUUUUGUUCCAUAGGGUCUGCACAAAGGAGGAACAAAAGAACUGCCGUGUAAAAUGGCUACCACGAAAAGCCUCCACAGUUAGCUGUUUGCAUGUUAUAAACACAGUGAGGGCUGGAGUGGGCAGUUGGGAAGCCUCUGAUAGUAUUUCUCGAAUUGAGCGGUUUAUAAACAGGGGUAAGGUGAAACCAGCCUCUCGACAUGCUGGCUUCGCGCCGCAAACUAGAAACGAACACAUUGCGUGAUCGCACACUCAAUCUAAAAAUUCCCAAUCUAAAAAAUAACCCAGCAACAGCCUAAUUAUCGCCAUGAAAUGUUACCAGUAUACUUAAAUGAUGUCUUCACUCUUUGUUUCCUGGAAGUUGUAUUUUUGUGUUUCUGGAAAAGGAGGGUGAAACGGCAGGCCAGAAGUUCACGAUUGCGAACUGAAUUUGUACCAGCAUCGUUGCCGAUGCUAAAGGUAAUUCUGCCCUCCCCCACCAAAUAUCCACCUCCAGGCACAUCUAACCGUCCACACUGUCGCCCAAGGGAGCUAAGAUGGUUUCAGAAAUGUUCCGAUGGCGUGAGCCCGAUAAACAAGGACACUGAUUAAUAUCAGUAUCUUUGAAUGACAAAUACUGUUAAUAGACUGCGAGCGUAAUGCUUUGCGGAUACUGUUUAUUACAACGCGAAAAAAGUUUAUCCACGCUAUUUGUUGUUAUCAAAACCUGCCAAGUGCUUUAUUGGCUUUCAAACUAUAGCAACAGAACCGACCACGAUCCUUGCAAAAUGCUGCCAUUUUUACGAAAUAAAUCACUGCAUAAUCGAUUAUUGUCUGAGAGAAUUAAGGCCUUCCUUUAGGAAAUUUAAGCCACUGGUAUGUCGAAUAUUACACUAAUAUCUGACGCUUAACAAUGUCUGUUGUUUUAAAUUUUACGAUUCACUUUGUAAAUAAGCGUAGGUUAUGUUUGUGUAUUCCGUUUUAUGUACAUUUAACUUACUUUACGUACGACAUGUACAAAGUUAUACGCUUGAAGUGAUUCGGUUUGAGUUGAUUUGACUCGUACAUACUUAUGAUGUGAACUAUUUUGGCACAAAAUCAAAAUAAAUACCUGCAAAGUGAUUUAAUAAAAUCAUAUAGGAAACUGCGUUCAUUGUCCUCUACGCAUACAGAAGAGCGUGCACCAAUUUUGUUUAUGGGUUGAACAUUCACGAAACAUCGUUUUAGCUGCUCAAUCAAGUAGGAUCACAGUUUACUUUGAAAACUUCACUCUCCAAGCAUACCCGUCUGUCUCCCGUGCUGUUUCGCUCAUCGGUUGAAAACAGCCAUGUUGGUCGGGAGUGCUCAUUUUGUUGGUAGCAAUGCGACCGUGUCGCAAGCAUUUUAUAGUCGUUUGUGAACCAGAGGUGCAUGGAAAAUUGCACCCUCUCUUGGUCCAUCUCUGGGCUAAUAGGCCUAGAUUAGUAGUUCUGCCCACACGUGGACUUCCGAGUAGCCAGAUGUUCACAAUGACACUGCUGUACGUUUCUCAACUUCUCAGUUAAGGCCUGCAGUAGUGUCAACUGUCUUAAAAUGUGGAAUUCAACGUUGAAAUUUGAUAAUACAGUAUUCCAAAUGUCAGUUCUGACACCUUUUAAAAUCAGUUGUACAUUUUGGAUCAUUUCCAUAUAAGUGCAUGGGAUGUACAUGUAUGGGCUGAUCCAUUUUUACUGAAUAUGGGGAAUGUGGAAUGGAUUACGGUAAAAUGAACGUUACUUUGAAAAUAUACACUCAUUAAAACCAUACGUGUGUAUAGUGAAUCGUAUACGUUUGAUCUGCAUGUACAUUCCUUUCCAUUCAAAGUUACAUAAUAGACGACUUGAGUGUCUAUAACGCUGGUGAAAUAUUUAUUUACUCUAAAUUUGUUGCGAUUAUGUAACCAGUUCAUAUUUUGUGAAAACUGUGCAUCGGAAAAGUUAUCUUUUUUACUGUCGAGUUCUUUCUGCUUAAUUUGUCAGAGGUUAACAGAGGCAAUUGUCCUGUAUGAAGUGGUGGCGGGUUCGUCUGUAUUAAAACCAAGAUAAUACCUGAAA